UUCCGCCAGAGGGCGCUGUAACGUCAAAGAAACGGUGAACUUUGAUGUAGAUGGUGGAAUUUGCAUUGGAGCAGACGGAAGACGGAGAGCAUCGACGGUGACCGAGGUGGAGGAUGCCGCUCACACGGGCGAUGGACCGCGGCGGCACCGGCCGAACGCCAUUACUCCACUCGUAGCUCGUAACAACUGAAUUAGCAGCUAGCAAAGAAAAGCGGAGUGUCGCAGUGUGUCGCUCCGUUUCCUGCCCAAUGUAACAGGCGGGCGGUGUUUUCUUCUGCCGGAGUUUGCGCUGCUGUGAACGGAGCUGCCGGGAGAUGGAGCUGAGCAGGAGGAGAGUGCCUCUGUAUGGCCAGGCGAAGGUAUUUGCAUUGCUGGAGGGGUUCGACCCGGUGCCGGAGGACGCAGAGGUCUACGUUGUUUUGGAGGGAUCAACGCUGGUCCAUGUCACCAGGGCUCAGAGUGAUGUCAUGCUAUGCUUUAUAGUGCCGGGACACAACCUGGCGGAGGUGGUCUCUGUCCAGGCCUACCUGUGCUCUGAAACCACACCUGUCACCUGGGUGGGCGGGGCUUCACUGGAGUACAUCCAAGAUGAUGCUCAGGACCUGGCAGAGCACCUGGUGAUCCACGGGCAUUGCCUGAGAUCCACGGAUCACAGCGAGCUGAGCAGCCUCUUCAACCUGGGCCAGGAGAGCUCCCGCUGGGCUAUGGAUGGCCGCGUUGCCCUGGCCAUGGCCAAUCUGGAGAUCCCCCGAAGCUGGAACGUGCUGGGGAGCCACGGUGGAGACGAGCACACCUUCAGGGAGUCGCCCCUCCACCUGGCCGUGCGGUGGGGUCUGUGUCGGCUGGCCGAGCUGCUGCUUUGUCAGCCGGGGGGUCUGAUAGCUGUGAGUCUGCCGAACGAAGAGGGAGUCACUCCGCUUCAGCUGGCGCAGACGGCGGGCAACGCCGAGCUCCUGCAGCUGCUCACACACCCACCCAACCCUCUAGCCACGCCUCCGGCAGGUCUAUCCCAGGUGUGGGCGGACCGGACCCGCUUGCUGAGGUUCUGCCACGAUACGGGGAACCUGACUCUGACGGUCCGACAAAACCUGCGGUGGAGCUCAGAGGAGAGCCGGCACGCUGACGUCCUGCUGCUUAGGGACCGGCUCAGAGAUGAGGACUUCCUCAGAGAGAUCAAAGCUCUGAGGAGGGAACGAGUGGCGACCAUCUCAGGGAAGAAGGGAGAGCUGGUGGAUGAUCCCACGGAGAACGCACCGUAUUCCGAUAUCAGCGGAGCAGCUGUCGAGGAAACUGACUACGAGGAGGCGCUGAUGUUUUGCCUAAACGAAGAGGACGAGGAGGAGGGCGAGCCAUCGCAGUUGGACUCCGAGAAAAGCCAGUCCAUAAGGGAGAGCCCGUCCCCGACUCUGGCUGCUGCUGCCAGACUCUCAGCGAUGAUACACGGCAAAGGCCGAGCGUACGCCAACGCCAUGCUGGUGGACCAGGUGGAUGGACAUGAUAUUAAAUACCAAUCUCCAGAGGAGGAGGAGGAGGUGGAGGUGAGCCCUGAGCCCCGUCUCGGCAGUCCAUGCUGGGACUCCUUUUCCACGACUCCACCAGCCCUGGCGGUGGACUGCUGCCAGAACUGGCACCCGGCCUCACCCCGCGGCGGGGAGCGGGGCACCCGAGGCCCGGAGAGCCACAAGGAGCCGUCCCCGUGUACAUCUCCCCCCUCUCCCUUCGCCUCCUCCCCGUCUUUUCCUUCCUCCCCACUGGCUUCCGCCUUCCGCUUGUUCGAGGGGGCUCAGAGGCGUCCGACGCAGCCGUGCCUGUCAGUUUCUCCUGCUUUGAACCACAGAGGAUGCAGCUUGACCGAAGCGAGCCGGGGCCUGAGUCCCAGUCUCGAGUGUGACAGUGGAGAGGAAGACAUACUGGGACACUCCUAUCCGUGCGCCUCUGCAAAGAAGCUGUUUGUCCUGCGAUCCAGCUCAAGGGAGGAGAGGGACUCUUUCGAUGCCUCACCGGACUUCAACCGCACGCACUCUGACAGCUCGCACACGCUCGCCAAGAACCCGGAGGAAGCCGAGGUUCGCCUGCGCUCCUACUCCUACUCCUCGCCCAAGGCGAAGCCGUCGCGGCCACUGCUGAACCGAGACGCCACCAUCAGCGACCUGUCAGAAGAUGGUGCGUUCAGUGGCGGCGGUCGUCUGCUCCAAGCUUUAUCUCUCUCGAAAUCCCUCUCUCCCCUCAACCAAGUUAAGCAGAGAGCAUUCUGCCUGACCGAGACUACCAGAGAAAAGAGGAUCGAGGACGAGGAGUGGGAUAAGUACAUCAUCCCGUCCAAGGUCGAGUCGGAGAAGUACAAAGUCAGCCGGACCUUCAGCUUCCUCAAGAGCAGGAUGUCCAGCACUCGCAACAAGACAAAGGUGAAGGGGAAAGAGGUAAAGGAGGGAAAGGAGAAGGCGGGAGCCGCCAAUGGACACCAGUUGGUCCCGGCGUCUCCGUCCGGCCUCGCUCUCUGUGUGGCCUGCGACAAGUCUGUUUCUGGGAAGGAGCUGCUGCAGUGCUCCAACUGUUUCCUGAACGUCCACAAACACUGUCGGGAUUCUGUUGCAGCCUGCGGCAAGAAGCCGCAGGAGAGGAAUGCGUUGCCGCUGAAAAGCAAGACCUUGUCCCUCCCACACAACUUUGUGAAAGACAACUCUCUGGCCACCAUGUUCUCCUCUUCCUCGUCUUCACUUCCCACGACGACCAGGGAGAAGAGGGAAACCGUCGCCCCUCUCUCCAAAAGCUUCUCCAUCUCUAUAGACAGCAGACGGCUGAGCGACGCGGCGGGGGUGGACAGUGAGUGCGGCGUGACAGCUUGCACCAACAGCUCGCCGGCCGAUGAGGGAACGCCGGUCACAGCGGCGACUCCGUCCGUCGAGCCGUCAGUCGCCACACAGGAUGCCGUCGACGCUCCGCUCAUGAGUGACCUGUCCGCUGAGCUGCUGGGACUCGAGGUGGAGUCGUGGAGCCUGGCGGUCAGUCCGGAGUUCUGCAGGCAACACGACAGGCACACCAUCAAGCGGCAGGAAGUCAUUUACGAGCUGAUGCAGACGGAGCUGCACCACAUUCAAACCCUGACGGUCAUGUCGGGGGUGUUCCGGAGAGGCAUGCUGGAGGAGCUGCAGCUUGACUGGGACAGCGUGGCCCGGAUCUUCCCCUGCUUGGACCCCCUGCUGCUCUUUCACAAAAACCUCUUCGGAGCGCUGCUGCAGCGCCGAGGGGACGCGGCCCAGCCUGAGGACCCCCGCAACUACCUCAUCCACCAGAUCGGAGACAUUCUGCUCCAGCAGUUCUCAGAUGAAUACGCCAAGGAGAUGAAGCAGGUGUACGGGGAGUUCUGCAGCCAUCACACCGAGGCCGUCGGCGUCUUUAAAGAGCUGCAGCAACAGAACAAAAAACUGCAAAACUUUGUCAAGCAACAGAGCAAUAACACCCUGGUGAGACGGAGAGAGGUGCCCGAGUUUAUCCUGCUGGUCACUCAGCGCAUCACCAAGUACCCGGUGCUGCUGGAGAGGAUACUACAUUACACUCGGGAGGGAAGUCGGGAGCACUCCGACCUGUCGAGCGCGCUGGUACAGAUCCGUGACAUCAUCGCCGCGGUGGACCUGACCGUGAAUAGGUACGAGAGGUGCCAGGAGCUGCAGGAAGUGCUGGCGAGGCUGGAGAACAAGAGCUUUGCCAAGCUAAAGAACGACAAGGUGUUCCGCAAACAGGACCUGCACAGCAAGCACAGGGAUCUGCAGUAUAAGGGGCUGGUCUACUGGAAGACCGCCACGGGGCGUCUGAAAGACACUCUGGCUCUCCUGCUCACAGACGUUCUGGUUUUCCUCCAAGAGAAAGACCAACGCUUUGUGUUUGCCGCCGUGGACCAGAAGCCUCCCGUAAUCCCUCUGCAGAAGCUCAUUGUUCGGGAAGUAGCCAACGAGGAGAGAGGGAUGUUCCUCAUCUCCGCCUCCUCAGUUGGACCGGAGAUGUAUGAAGUCCACGCCACCACGAGAGACGAGAGGAACGCGUGGAUGAGACACAUACGACAAGCUGUGGAGAGUUGUCCUGAGGAAGAGGAGGAGGAGGAGGAGCGAAGCGCCGAGAUCGAGGAGGCCAGGCUAGUGGCAGAAGUGCGGCUUCAGAAGAUCGCCAAGUUCCAAGAGACGCUGUCGGGCCGCGACCAGCAGAUCUGCAGCAGCCUGGAGGAGAAGUUGCAGCUCUACGCGGAGCUCACGGAGUUAACGCUGCACUCGCCAGAACUCACGCCGCACCGCCACCUGCUGGUACAACCGGACACCGACGGUGAGACGCCGCGACAGGCCUCGGCACUGCUCACGGCGGCGCUCCGAGAAGCGAAGAACCUGAUCACCAUCCUGCAGAGCCGUGACGGCCUUCCCGGGAAAAGUCCGAGCUCACCGGUCCGAGGGCCAGAGUGCUGCAGCUACAACAGCCACGGCAGCAGCAUUCAGGAGUCCCCCUCUGAGCCGGAUUAUCUGAGCACACUCAGCAUGAGCUCCGCCUCUCCCGCAUCGGACAGCGAGCUGACGGGGCUGGACUGCUCGCCGUGGAGCCCGGCGGUCGAGCCGAGAAGAGGGGACGCCAAAGGGACGCUGUUGAAGGUGGCAGAGAGCGUUCAGAGUCUGACUCAGCUCCUCUACAGUCUGCAGGCUGCCGUGACUCUCCAGGACAGCUGCUAUGAAGUCCAGAAACUCCUCCUCCUGGAGGGAGAAAGACCUCAGCUCCGAACCCUCGCGUCCCUCCAAACCAGUCUGGAGCAGGAGAAGCAGAGGAGCGUCGACAGGAAGAAAGAGGAAGUAGAGAAGAGGGGUUGGGAGAGGAAGAAAGAGGAGGUGGACGAGGUGCAGAAACUCCACGUGAAGCUGAAGCAGGUGCAGCAGCGCUGGGACAAAGAGUGUCUGGCCAGAGAGAAACAACAGUGCGAGCAGGAGAGCGUGCUGGAGCGGCGGGAGCAGCAGUGCCUCCUGGAGGCUGAGCGGCUGCGCUGCGAGCGCGAGGAGCUGGAGGCUCAGCUGCUGGAGUACCAGCACAACCUGGACCGGCUGAGGGAGGGCCAGAGGAGUGUGGAGAGGGAGAAGGAGAAGAUCGAAGCCCAGCAGCGGCUGCUGCAGCGCUGGAGACACCACCGCCAGAGCAGCCUGCCCGUGACGAUACGGCUGGAUGGAUACAAGGGGUCCAGCCACAGCCGCUCAGGCAGCCUGGAUGGUAACUGUUCGCUGUACGAGAACGAGGCCGCCGUGUUGGCCUCCCUCCAGCAGAACCACUACCGGCGGCCCCCUGCCAACAACAACAACAACAACCAGCACCGGCGUCUGCUCUCCGCCGCGCCGACAAAGAACCACGACAGCCCGCCGCACGGCUCCAGCUACGCCGCUAACCUCGGCCUCAGCGCCAGCCUCUACAACAGCCUCAACACGCUGCUGAGCCAGGCACACGGCAAACAGCCUCCGGGUGGUCGGGCGUACCCAAACCACGGGAACCACCACGGCGGCCCCCGGCCUCCGAGUGAGCCCGUGCAGCCCUUCGGCGGCAGGGUCACCGCACAGCCACACGUGACCAACAGUAGCUUCAGCCCGCCAUUGGAGAGGCGUUCCCCGGGUCCCUGGCGGUCAGAGGUCACCGGUCACAGACUCUACGAGGACGGCUACUCCACGUCUCCCUCUCUCACCCCACUCCUUCCCCCACAGGCCUACCUCUCUCUCGAAGGACAGAACGGGGAGGAGGGAGGCGAGGAGAACAUUGUUUAUCUCUGAGAGCCUCCGGGAAGGAUGGAGCGCUAGAGCUGAUGGGGGAUCAGCUCUAGCUGAUCUAGCUCUAGCUUUUUUGGGGUGGUGGGCCCCCAAAAAGGAUACUUGCUUGUUUGUGUACAUGUUUUCUACUCAAAUAAGGGAAUAGGGGGGAAGUAUACGCGGAUAUAUGUGUGCCUUUAUCAGUGUACAUUAAUCGUUCUCUUCCGCCUCCUGAAACCGCUGUGCCUUCUUGCGAACCGAUUCUUUGUAAAUCAGCUUUGAUACGCACGUUGUUGUUGUUGUUUUUUUUACUCCUACGCUGGUUCUUUUUAGUCUCCUUUGCACUCGUUUGAUGGCAGAAGUGCAUUCGUACCCAGAACACUGGGACCUAAAGCACCAGGAUUAUCAGGACAGAAGUAGUUUUCCCAUGAGCACUUAAAAAAAGAAAAUGGAGAUAUUUGAGAAGUCAAUAGAGCCCGUCCCGUAGCUAUGUAUAGAGGGCCGUUAUCUCCCCAUGUGAUCUUAAAUAGUAUUUAUAAGGGAUUGUGAGCAUCUGAAAGACAGUAAAAGUAUUCUGACAUUAUUGUAUGAAUAUUAAAUAUAUGUAUAGUUUUAUGGAAAGGCUACUACCUAUGCACACUGUGUUGGAAGAGGAAGUUAUAUUCCUAUUAUUAUUAUUAUUUCAUUCACUUAAGUGCCAAAAAUCCGAUACCGUAAGUGUUUUGUGUAAAAGAGUGGCUGUGUGUUUUCUGUUCGUCUCCUUUUCUGAUAAUUUAUUGUGUGUAAAUUGCUUCACGCACUGUCGACACUGAUGAUGUUUUUGUUGUAAUCCCUGUAAUCAUAAUUGUCCCAUAUUAAUAUUGUGCUGUCUAUAAAAACAAACAAAAACUACUGUGGCAAACGUCUGUGCUUUUCAGUGUAUCCAGCGGUGCGUUCAAAGCAACAGCCGUCUGACGUUCCGUUUGUAGGACUUCCCGUGUGUGUGUGUGUGUGUGUGUGUGUGUGUGUGUGUGAGCAGCGAGUGUCACUCUGGUUUUUGCUUUCCUGCAUUAAGAGGAUACCAAGUUUCAGAAUACCCUUCAUUCACCGACUAUGGUUUCAUCUAAUCUUUACUCUGGAUCACAGGGGACACAGCUAGGAGACGGGUGAGUUUGUUUUGUUCAACAUCUCCACAUUAACACCUCUAAAUCGCGUCCUGUUACUUUACGUGUGUGUUUGUGUGUGAGAAGUUUUGCAGCCGCCCAGCAUCAGUCAUCUGAAGGCCAACAGCGACGGGCUCAGCCUCUCGGUGGGCUGGCGGGCGAACCACAGCGGCUUAGUGGGCGACGUUUACGAGAUCCAGAUCGGCCGCGCUGAAAGCCACGCCGUCAUUUACAACGUGAGCAGCCUGCUGAAGGAUCUGUCGUCUGGGCUUUGUGCCCUUUUAAAGGCUCUGCGCCGUUGUAAUUAUUUAUGGCAUUAUUGUAU